UGGAAAGCUGGUUUCACCAAAAUGGAAAAAUUUUAAAGGCUUGAAACUUCAGUGGAGAGACAAAAUCCGUCUCAAUAACGCCAUCUGGAGGGCUUGGUACAUGCAGUACCUGGAGAAGCGCAAGAACCCGGUGUGCCACUUUGUGACUCCUCUGGAUGGCUCUGUUGAUGUGGAUGAACAUCGCCGGCCAGAGGCCAUUGCAACAGAAGGGAAAUAUUGGAAACGAAGAAUUGAAAUAGUCAUCAGGGAAUACCACAAGUGGAGAACUUACUUCAAGAAAAGGCUGCAGAAACAUAAAGAUGAAGAUCUUUCAAGUUUGGUCAGGGAUGAUGAUAUGGUUCUCUGGCAAAAGAGAAGGUAUGGCAGAGAAACCCCUGUCCCCAUGGAGGAAGGCAGCCUCUUGGAUGCAGAUAUGCUUAUGUCCGAGUUCACCGACACGCUCUUCUCCACUCUGUCUUCACAUCAGCCUGUUUCCUGGCCAAAUUCCAGGGACAUAGCACACUUAGGAAAUGCUGACAUGAUUCAACCAGGGCUUAUUCCUCUCCAGCCAAAUUUUGAUUUUAUGGAUACUUUUGAGCCUUUUCAGGAUUUAUUCACGCUCAGUCGUUCCAGUAAUUAUUUCCCUUCUGUGUCUGCUGUCAGCUCAGCUACAACAGACAGCAGCAGCCAUUCUUCCCAGUCUUCUGUCCUGCCGUCGGGCUCACUGCCCAGCACACUUCCAGCAGGGAACAUCAGUGAUGGACAGAUUGCUUCCUCAGUACCUGCUCCUGUCAUUCCUGAUGUUGGCACUGACCAGUGCCCCAGCAUUAGGAGCGAGGGAUCUUUCAUCCAGCCAGCAGACUUCACUCCUGACUCGUCUCUCAGCGGGCCACAGACUUUCAUGCCAGUGUUUCAGACUCCCUUGCCACUGCUUCAGCCUGCGACGCCACAGCACCAGUCUGCAGUGCCUCUGAACUCUAGCCUAAGCUCUCCACCAGCUGCAUUUGCUGCACCAGAAACCCAGAAGUUUGACCUCUGUGAAUCUACGGUCAUCACCCACACAGCUUCUGCUACUUUGACCCACAAUGCCCCCGCCACCACCUUCAGCCAGAGCCAGAACCUCGUCCUGGCCACGCAGCAGCCGGGCGUAGGAGUGCCUUGUAACCUGGCUUUCCAGACUGCUGUCCUGCAGGUGCAGCCCCGGCCCCAGAUGCAGUCCCAGCUGACAUUUGUACUCCCCAAGGCCGUUCCUCUGGCCAGUGCUGGGACAAGGCCCAGACAGUCACAAAAAACAGUGCCUGCUCCGAAGCCUGAAACAGUGUCCUUAUUGUUAAAGAAUGCCUUCAUCACCCCAGCUGCCUUUCAGGGACAGUCCAGAGCUGUGAUUGUAACUCCAGCACCUAUAAAAAGAGAGGGGAUUUUGACGCCAGCCACGUCUCAGUCUAAUGUUGCAAUUGCACCAACUGGAAUUGUCAGAGCUCCCGGGGUGACGGAGUUCCGUAGUAACAUUCUGGUUGGUCCAGCACAGCGAGCACCAAGUAGUCAACAAACCCAGUCCACAGUUUCACAUCUCUUCUCUCCUAGUGUAGUCCAGGAUGUGUUGGUGAAAGGAGAGAAAAUCCCUUCCCACAGUAGCAGUUCACAAGUUCCCUCACCUACACCUAGCCGAGACUGUCAGAAUUCAGGCCAGGCUUCCCCCUACGCCUCUGAGCAGAGCCCCAGUCCACAGUCUCCCCAGAACAGCUGCUCAGGAAAACCUGCCACUGACCCUAAUCUGGCUGCAGUUAAGAAUCAAAGGAUGAAGCAUAUUUCAGAACAGAAACGAAGGUUUAAUAUCAAGAAUGGUUUCAAUACGCUGAACAGCUUGGUGUCAGCCAACUCCAGGUUGAUCAGCCAUGCAAACACGCUCCAGAAAACAGUAGAAUAUAUCGGUAAGCUGCAGCAGGAAAGGACACAGAUGCAAGAGGAAGCCAGGCGCCUCCGGGAGGAGAUCGAGGAGCUAAACGCUGCCAUCAUUUCUUGUCAACAGCAGCUCCCUGAUACUGGAGUUCCUGUAACACAGCAAAGGUUUGACCACAUGAGGAGGAUGUUUGAUGAGUAUGUGAAAAGCAGGACCCUGAAGAACUGGAAGUUUUGGAUUUUCAGCAUUAUUAUCAAGCCGUUGUUUGAGUCCUUCAAUGGGAUGGUUUCCACAACAAGCCUUAAGGAUCUGAAUCAAACUGUACUGGCCUGGUUGGAUCAGCACUGUCCUCUUCCUGUUCUGAGGCCAAUGGUGCUGAACACUCUCCGGCAUCUGAGUAUAACCACCUCGGUUCUGUCAGACCCAUCACUCCUGCCAGAGCAAGCUGCUGAGGCAGUUUUCAAGAUGAACAAAUCAGCUGGCGAAACCUAA